ACUUGACCCAAACCAAAGUGUGGGGAUCCUGGACAGAAGAGUCUCUGAGGUCAGCUACACUCCUGAUGGAGGGUGGUGUGAGGGCAGUUCUUGGGCUCUCCCUCACCUGCAUGUCCAGCCUCAGCCUCCUCUCCCCUGCCUGGUUCCAGAGCCCCACCUUCUCCUAUGGCAUCUUUACCUACUGUUCCUGGCUGCAGGGUGACAGCUGGAACCACAGCUGUGUGACCUUCAGGUCCCUGGAGGACAUUCCCAGCCUGACCUGGAAGGUCUCAGCUGCAAUGCUCCUGGGAGGCUGGCUGCUGUUGGCCUUCAGUGCUGUCCUGCUUCUGUCCUGGGCCCUGGCUCCCAGAGGGCUCUACCUGAGGAGGGGCAGCGGCCUGAUACCAGUGGUGCAGGGGGCAGCAGCUGCCUCCUCCCUUGUGGGCUUGCUGCUUUUCCCAGUCACUCUGGCUUCCCCAUUCGCCAAAGAAGUCUGCAAAGGCUCCUCAGUGUACCACAGUGGAGCGUGCCAUCUGAGCUGGGGCUAUGCCUUGGCCAUCCUUAACAUGGUCCUGGCCAGCCUCCUGCCCAUCAUCGGAUGGCCUCAGAUGGCCACAGUCCAGAGAACAGCCAUCCUCUUCUCCAGCGAAACUCAGAGAAUCAUCUUCAUGCCAGAAAUGAGCAAAUAA